CAUUUUUACAUGUUGGUUCACAAGCAUUUGUGAUUCUUGAUCUCUUAAUACAAACAUCUAUGUUAUGAUCACUAAUACAGUCUAGAGAUAUAGAUAACAUCUAAGAAGUUAAGAGAGAAAUAAUACAUUAUCUCAUUUGUUCACUAGUUAGUUGAUACGAUCUUGAUUAAGUUGUGAUCAUCAAGUCUUAAGAAAUGGCCAAUUCUAAGGUCAUUGGGGCUAUGUUGGUGGCUCUACUUCUUGUGGAGAUAUGUGUUGCAAUUAGGGUACCGAGAGGGGUUAGAGUAAGUGGUGGAGGAGGAGGCGGUGGUGGAGGAGGUAGAGGAGGAGGUGGUGGUGGCGGAAAUGAGGGAUUCGGUUAUGGGUCUGGAUCAGGGUCUGGCUAUGGUGAGGGAUAUGGUAGUGCAGGUGGGGGAGGUGGUGGUAGAGGUGGAGGCGGUGGUGGAGGGGGAGGAGGAGGUAGAGGGGGUUCGGGGUCUGGAUAUGGGUCUGGGUCUGGAUAUGGAUCCGGAUAUGGGUCUGGUGGAGGUCUAGGUGGUGGUGGUGGUGGAGGGGGAGGUAGAGGAGGUGGUGGAGGAGGGGGAGGUGGUCAUGGUGGCUCUGGCUAUGGCUCAGGGUAUGGUAGUGGUAGUGGGUCUGGCUAUGGAAGUAGCAGUGGUGGUAUGGGAGGUGGAGGAGGGGGUGGCGGCGGUGGUGGUGGUGGAGGAGGAGGUGGCAAUGAUGGUGGCUCUGGAUAUGGUUCUGGUUCCGGAUAUGGCUCUGGUUAUGGUUCCGGAUAUGGAGGUGGUUAUGAUGGUGGAUAUCACCAUAAACAUUGAAUGUCAACAUGUAACUAGCCAUCCAUUAUUGAUAUUACUUUUAGUUUGUUGUAUUUUAAGAUUAAAUAGUUGUGCAUGCAUGUAAUUUUGGUUCAUUAUAUUUGACUUGAUGUAUACGUAAUAUUGGGGGUAUAUGCAUUAUAUUUGCAUAUUGUAGGAUAUAUUAUGUAUGGUACAUUGUUAGUUUGUUACUAGCUAUCUAAUGAUACCAUCAUUUUGUAUUGCAAUAAAACAAACUUUUUCUAAAACACA